GACUUGCACUCUUUUCAGUUACACGUACGUGAGCACCACGUCGGACCAGAGAGCGUACUCGAACGAUCGGAUGAUCCUCCCACCGCCGUGCGAGGCCUGGCAGAUCGGAGCCGACAAGCGAGGAGGAGCACCGGCAGCAGGGUCGGGGGGGCCCGCAAGAAAGGCGCGACCGACAGCAGCAGGAGAUGGCGGGGAGCCGCCGCGCGGGACGGGCAGGGACCUCUUCGACGAAGAUUACGACCAGAGGGACCAGGCGUUGCGCAAGCUGGUCUUGAAGAACAGCCAAGAAAUACGAGAUCUCAUGCACCAGACGGGGGACUUCUGGCUCGUGCCCGCAACGUCCAAGCCAUUCGCAGCGGGACUGGAAGCAGGCAAAGAAUAUGGAAAAGCGGUUCGUGCAGCAGGAAAAAAGCACGGGCUUGGAUCUCCGCACGUGCACGUGGCGAUGGCAACGCUCAGGUCCCUCCACGACGAGAUAGACGGAGAACAAGGGAGCGCCCUGGAGAAGUCCAGCAAGCAGGUCAUCAGGGAGUUCGUGGAGGCCACCAAUCACACGAAGGGCAACAUCCUAGUGGAGGAGAUGAUCCUCGCGUUCAAGGUCCAGGAGACGCACAAGCGCGAGGACCUGGAUGCAGGCGACCGCCUGGGGAAGAUCUCCUUCACCCUGAACCCGACGCCGUGCCUCCAGGCGAAACUGGCGAAUCACGAGGUGGGGGAGCAGGCCAUGGAGGCAGUGAAGGUGUACGAGGUGAUGAAGUUGAAGACGGCCAUCACGAUCGGCGUGCAGUCCAUCAACGGCAAGAAGGCGACGGGCCCUGGCCCCAAGACAGCGCUGGAGAGGUCAGUAGAGAGCACGUCGCGGCGCAGGUGAGCACCACUCCACCGAGCCGCACCCCGUCGUCGAGGAAGAGACGACGACUUACCACGACGGUAGGGCUCGGUACCGCUCCUUCUGCCUCUUCUGUUGCAGAAUGUGUUGAAGGGAGAGAGGAAGAGACGCUCUCUCGCAGUCGGACCUCGGGCCUACCUCCUGUUCCCUGGCCCCCUUGCUCCG